GAGUCUCUGAAAGUUGAAAAAGCAUCACGAUGAGAGGCUGGUUAGCGUCAGCUUUGCUGGCCAUAUUUGCCUUAGCGCAAGCUGGGGAUAUCAACGACAAAGCAAAUGAAUACCAAGAUGCGGAAAUCAACGCUGUUGCCACAUAUUCUAGAGCACUUCCAGUGUCUCAAGCAAGGCAUUCUAAUGUUAUACCAUCCCAGGGUGCUAACUCUCUGCAACCAGUGAACGAUUACGGACAUCAUCACGGACACGGUGGACAUCACGGACACGGUGGGCAUCAUGGACACGGACAUGGACACGGUUAUCACCACCAUGGUGUUGGUGGAUACGAAAUCUACAGCCAUUACUGCGACGAACUCUAUGAUGGUGACUAUGCCAACACUGGCCUCACCCAUGAUGCUGAUCCCAAGUGCACCUUUGUGAAAUGUUCCAACCACCGCACUUUUAUCUUUAACUGCGCCGAGGGUUCUUACAACGGUCAUAGUAACCACGGACAUGGACAUGGGCACGGGCACCAUUACUCAGGAGGAUAUGGAGUUGACUUUUGUCACGUAAAUGACCACCAUGGCGCUUAUCACGUCUGUGGUCACCAUGAUAGUCAUGGUGGGCAUCACGGCGGCCACGGUCAUAGCGGACAUCACAGCGGUCACGGUCAUGGCGGACAUCAUGGCGGCCACGGUCAUGGUGGACAUCAUGGCGGCCACGGUCAUGGUGGACAUCACGGCGG